GGAGCGCAGUUAAGAUUGUCGAGGGCAUAGAGCAUAACAAGUCUAGUGCCGAGCUCUUUAAAAAAACUCAGACGUAAGGGCGGAAAAGGAAACGCUAAUAACGUGCUGUAGGCAAGGGCCAGGAGGAUAACCUUCCUGCCGAAGGUUUUAUGGAGGGUGGCAGGCCAUUAUAAUAUGCUAUACGGAGGUUGGUGGGCAGCUUUUAGCUGCAUAGGCACAGUGACUUGCAAUUGAAUUGCAUCGAUGUCCGAUGAGACUACUGCGCUCCGAUUUUUUUAAUCGAAAUCCGUGCCAAUUCUGUACUUAUUCCCCCACAAACAACAACUUAUUAUUGCAGUAUGAAGCAGUAAUAACUCCUGGAAAUGAACAGUUUGUUCACCAUUUUGAAGUAUUUCAUUGUCAAACCCCUACAAGACCUUUUGCUGGCGAUUGCUCCACUGCAAAACCUACAGAGGCUAAAAGUUGUUCUAAAGUUUUGGCUGCUUGGUCAAUGGGGGCGAAUGUUUUUUUAAUUAAAUUUUCAAUACUCCCCUUCCCUUAUAAGCCUGUCGUCUUUCCCCCACAAGCAGGAAUGCCGUUGGGAGGUCCUGGCUUCGUCCCUUUUUUAAUGGUGGAAAUACACUACAACAAUCCUGCACUUCUCUCUGGCUACACUGACAGUUCUGGACUUAAAAUAACCUUCACAAAGCAUUUGAGACCUUUUGACGCUGGAAUAAUGGAGUUGGGGCUGAUAUAUUCUGAUGCAAACUCCAUCCCUCCAAUGCAAAAAGCAUGGCCACUUACGGGCUAUUGCCCUUCUGAGUGUACCGAAAAGGCAAAAAAUAAUUUUUAA